UGGGAGGUCGAGGUCGGGUUCCCCUCCAAUUCAAGUCGUCCACCCGUGAUUUUGUCGCUUGAUAGCGGACAGCAAUCUGAAAUGCAGGCAACAGCAGCGAGCGAUUUGACCAACCAACCCUUGAAUUGAUGCGCGCACAAAGUCCCCAACACUGCAGUAGUCGCAGCGUAUUUUUCUGGUGAUUUUCCACUCUGCUGUCGAGUCGGCAGCUGCGGCGCAAACAUGCACAUCAAGCAGAUCAUCAUUCAGGGCUUCAAAAGCUACAAGGACCAGACCGUGAUAGAACCCUUCUCCCCCGGCACCAAUGUCAUUGUCGGGCGCAAUGGCUCCGGGAAGAGCAAUUUCUUCGCCGCCAUCCGGUUUGUCCUCAGUGAUGCUUAUACCAACAUGAGCCGCGAGGAGCGGCAGGCCCUCCUGCACGAGGGCUCUGGUUCAGCGGUCAUGUCGGCCUACGUCGAGAUCAUCUUCGACAACAAGGACAAGCGCUUCAGCGAACCGGGUGACGAGGUCGUGAUCCGCCGCACCAUCGGCCCCAAAAAGGACGAAUACUCGGUGGAUAGGAAGGUGCAGACUCGCGCAGAUGUUCUGAAAAUCCUGGAGACCGCCGGCUUUGCCAAGGAGAACCCCUUCUAUAUCGUACCCCAGGGUCGCAUCGCGGCGAUAACCAACAUGAAAGAGUCGGAGAGGUUGAACCUGCUCAAGGAGAUUGCGGGAACCAACACCUACGACGACCGGAGGUUACAGUCGCUCAAGAUCAUGGCCGAGACCAACAGCAAACGCGAGAAGAUCGACGAGACUCUCGCGUAUAUCGAGGAGCGGCUCAGUGAGCUGGAGGAGGAGAAGGACGAGCUUCGUGACUUCCAGGACAAGGACAGGGAGCGGAGGUGCCUCGAGUACGCGCACUGGCACCGCCUGCAGGCAGCGAAUGCCGAGGCGCUAGAACAGCUCGAGGAAACGAGGCAAGGAGGCGCCGGCGCUUCCACCAAGGAUCGCGCGCAGCUCCAAAAGGCAGAGAAGGAGCUUGCUGUUCUCGAUCAGAAGGCCCACGAGCUGAAGCAGAACCUAGAUCUGCUUGCCAUGGAACGGCGACAGCUGGACGACGACCGCAAAGACGCCGCUCGGGCCCGCGCAAAGGCCGAACUCAAGGCGAAGCACCUGGACGAGAGUCGGCAUGCACGGGAGCAGGCGCAACGCAAACAAGAGGCCGACCUAGAGGAGGUCAGACGAAAGAUCAAGGCAGCGGAGGCUGACAUCUCCAAGAUCACGCCCGAAUAUGAGAAGUGGAAGGCCGAAGAGGCCCGGAUCAGGUUGCAGAGGGAUCAGGCCGUGGCCGGCAAGAAUCGCCUGCUGACCAAGCAAACCCGAAGCUCCCAGUUCAAGACGAGGGCGGAGCGGGAUGCGUUUCUCCAACAGGAAAUCAACGAGGCGACCACGUCCUUGGGCGUGCAGAAGGCCAACGCGCUGGAUGCAAAGGAACAGGUGAAAGCGGUAGAGGCGUCCAUCGCGCAGCUAGAGAAAGCCAUCCAGGACAUCCGCCUCAAUAUCGAGGGUUACGGCGCUAACCGAGUCACGCUCGCUGAAAAGCUUACCAAGGCUCAGGAGGCCCGGGAGCAGCUGCAUGAGGAGCGGAAGAGGCUCCGGCGCGAAGAGGACAGGUUGAGCUCGCUGCUCUCGAACACCCGAGCAGAGAGGGAUCACGCAGAGUCCACACUUUCGCAAUCCAUGGACUCGGCCACGGCUAAGGGUCUCGCCUCAAUCAGACGGUUGAAGCGAGAGAAAGACAUCCCCGGCGCGUACGGCACUUUGGCGGAACUGAUGAGCGUGCCGAUCGACGCCUACAAGCUGCCGGUCGAGCAGGUGGCUGGGAACAGCCUGUUCCAUUACGUUGUCGACAACGACCGGACGGCGACCAUGCUCUCGGACCAUCUCUACAAGACGUACGGCGGGCGUCUCACGUUCAUGCCUCUGGAGCAACUGCGACCCAGGCAGGUCAAGAUGCCCAGGGCGUCGGACGCGCAACCUCUCAUUAGCAAGAUCGAAUAUGACGCCCAGUAUGAGAAGGCUUUCCAGCAAGUUUUCGGCCGGACCAUCGUCUGCCCUAACCUCACCAUUGCGUCCCAAUACGCCCGGUCUCACGGCUUGGACGCUAUCACGCCAGAGGGCGACACAACGAACAAAAGAGGUGCGAUGACGGGCGGGUACGUCGACGCACGGCAGUCGCGUCUCGAUCUCGUCCAGCGAGCCAGCAAACUGCGUGACCUGUACGAACAGCAGCUGGCGGACUUGGACAAGAUCCGGAAGGAGAUCGAAGUCGUCGACCAGAAAGUGACGAGCGCCAGCAGCGAGGAACACAAGCUGGAACAGCAGAUGCGCCAUUUCGAGAUGGGUUUCGAGCCCCUCAAGUCGGAGCUGCGCACCAAAAACGCGCAGCUCGAACGCGAACGGGCGCACCUCGAGGCGGCGGUGGAACGGGAGGCCCAGGUGGAGAGGAACCUCAAGGACCUGGACGACUCGAUCUCGAACUACCAGGCCGAGCUUUCGCAGGACUUCAAGAAGGCUCUGUCGGCGAGCGAGGAGCGGCAGCUGGAGCAGCUGAGCGCCGACGUCCAUCGGUUGCAGGGCGAACUGAAGGAAGUUAGCAAGAAGCGGUUUGAACUGGAGGGCCGCAAGAAGAUGCUCGAGACAGAGCUGCAGAGCCAUCUCCGACCGCAGGAGGAUCAACUCCGCAGCCAGGCCUUCGAGAAUUCGACCACCGGCGGCAGCGAGAGCUACAAAGACGCCCAGAGGGAGCUUAAGAAGGCACAGAAAGCCAUGGCCGAGGCGGAACAACAGUUGCAAGAGAACGAGCAGAAAGCUGAGAAGGUGAGCGGCGACCUCGCUCAGCUUCAGGCUCAGAGAGCGCAGAAGGAACAGGAGCUUCAGGAACUGCAGAAGCGGAUCGACCAGCACCAGAAGAAGAUGGAGAAGAACCUCCAGACGCGAGCCCGUCUCGUCAGCCAGGCUGCCGAGUACGCAAAGAAUAUCCGGGAUCUGGGGAUCCUGCCAGAAGAGGCGUUCGGCAAGUACGAGAAGAUGAAGCCAGAGCAGAUCGAGUCGAGGCUCCGGAAGGUCAACGAGGCGCUCAAGAAGUACAAGCACAUCAACAAGAAGGCGUUUGACCAGUACAACAGCUUUACCGCGCAGAGGGACCAGCUACUCAAGCGGCGGAAGGAGCUGGACACGUCGCAGAAGUCGAUAGAGGCGCUGAUCGAGCACUUGGACCAGGAAAAGGACGAAGCCAUUGAGCGGACGUUCAAGCAGGUGUCGCGCGAGUUCGCGACCAUCUUUGAGAAGCUGGUGCCCGCGGGGCACGGGCGGCUCGUGAUCCAGCGCAAGGCGGACCGCGGCAAGAAGGGCAAUGCGGACGACUCGGAGGAGGAGGCGACGGGGGUGGACAGCUACACGGGCGUCGGCAUCAGCGUGUCGUUCAACUCGAAGGUCAUGGACGAGCAGCAGAAGAUUCAGCAGUUGAGUGGUGGGCAAAAGAGUUUGUGCGCCCUCUGCCUGAUCUUUGCGCUCCAGGCGGCCGAGUCCAGCCCGUUCGUCAUCUUCGACGAGGUCGACGCCAACUUGGACGCGCAGUACCGCACGGCGGUGGCCAGCCUGCUGCAGAGCAUCUCGGCCGAGCAGAAGACGCAGUUCAUCUGCACCACGUUCCGGCCGGAGAUCGUCCACGUCGCGGACAAGUGCUACGGCGUCACCUUCCACAACAAGACGAGCACCAUCGACUGCGUGCCGACGGAGGAGGCGCUGAACUUUGUUGAGGGGCAGAAGAAGUGAAGGAAAGGGAGUGUGAGGGUUGCCGUGCACGGUUGAUAGUGGUACAUUUGAUGGGACUGGACUGGGACUGGGGCCGAGGCUGGACGAGGGCUUUGUGGUUUGUUUGCCUUGGGCUUAUGGAGAGUUCUUUGUUGACUUUGUUUUGCUUGGCGGCGGUUUACGGAAUAGGUAGAGAUGGAUGAGAUGCGGAGUUUCUUCCCCUUGUCCACCGGUUGCCGUCGUUGCAGCGA